AUGACGAUGCAUACUUCCGGUUGACUCCGGAACUUCCUCCGAACUUCCUCCGGUCCACGCUGGGAUGCGUCUUAGGCGCUGGAGUCAUGGAUGUGAAAAACUCUGGCAUUAUUACUCCUAAAAGAACUGUCUUAUCCGUCAGCGCAAGAAAAAUUAAGGACAAUGCUGCAGAUUGGCACAAUUUAUUAUUGAAAUGGGAGACUCUCAACAAUGUGGGGUUUUCUAUUGCAAACAAAAUAGGAAACAUCAAAAUCAGUGCACUUACUGAAGACAAGGUAGAACUAGAAUGCAACAGCAUUGCUUCUGGCAUUUGUUCUCAAAAGGCACAUCCAAAAUAUAAUGAAGAACUUGAGAUGUUGUGCAAGGAACUUCAUGAUACCUUGGCAAACUUGGCUAAGGUACAGAUGAAAAUGGAAAAAUUAACAUCAACUACUAAAGGAAUUUGUAACCUAGAAAAUUACCAUCGUGGAAAUGGAAAUCAAACACCCCUUUUCCAUACUUGGCCCACAACCUAUUUCUUCAUUUCUCAUGUAUUUCAGAUGAAGUUUCCCAUAAGCUUUCAGAAAUGUACAAGAAAGAAAUACUACUCAAACGCAUCAUUGUUGAAGAGCUCGCCCAUGCUACAAACCAGGAUCUCAUUUUAAGCUACUUGUCUAUGUGGCUGUAUCAGCCCUAUGUUGAAAACAGCAGACUUGAUGUGGAAAGCAUGCUACUUGAAACGGGACAUCGAGCAUUAUAAUUUUUCUAAAACCAUUUCACUUUUAAGCCCCAAAUCCCAAUAUCAGAAUGAACCUUUCUUUCUAGGUUUCAUAUAGGAGAAUCUCAUAUAGGAGAAUCAUAAAGCAAAGGAUAAAGGUAUUCAUUAAAAAAUAGAUCUUGAAUUAUAUAAAAUUAAAAUGCAUUUUGCACAGACAAAAACCAAGAUUGGGAAAAAGUUAUUGAUACAAAAGUAAAAACCAUUUCCUAGUUUAAUUUAAAUUUAAAAAAUGGUUUUCUGUAAUAUUACAGAAAACCAUUAAGAAAUGAGCAUUAUUUUAGCAGUACUAGUUUUGCCUCACAUUAAAUUAGCAAGAAUGGAAGGAAGAAAAAAAAUCACAGACCAGCAGUACUCAAUCUGAAGUGAUCUGAAGUGAAAUAGAUCUGAAGUGAAAUAGAGAGCCUUGUGUUACUAGCAGCACUUUGUGGAAGAAAAAACAGAAUUAUUCAGAGAAACCAGGGCAGAUUUGUACGAACUGAUGUAGAAUGAAGAAGAAUCUAGAGGGAUAUUUCAUGGAAAGAAAAAUAAAUAAAAAUAAACUAAUAUUAAUCGGAACUGCUGAAACAUUUUUCUCUCAGCAGGUUAGUAGUUUUGGUGUCUGGAAUACUGUGUUCAGCAGGUUAGUAGUUUUGGUGUCUGGAAUACUGUGUUAACAGUAUUAUUAGUUUCACUUGCUAAAGUGAAACUUUUUGUUGCACAGGGGGGACAGAUGAUGGGGACAGAGAAACAAUGCUGUCUUUUUUUUUUUUUAAAAGUAAUAAAUAAAAAAAAAAAAAAACAGGCCUUUUUUGUACUUGCUCAUUAUCCAGGUCUUUUUAAGCCCUCAAGAGAAAGUAUAGUUUGGUGGAUUUGGGAAUCAGAAAGACCUUGGUUUAGAUGUGGCUGUUACUGUGUGACCACAGGAGUGUCAUCAUUACUCAUCAUGAAACCUUUAGCUUGUUCUCAGAGUGCCAAACUUCCUUUUAAAACACACCUUUUCUGCUUGAUGCUACAUUGGGUUUUUUUCUUAGGUCUCCUAUUCCUUUUGGAAUACACGAAAAAAUAGUCAACAUAUAGUAAAAUAUAGGAUAAUGUGAAGGAAAAAGUCAUGACUCUAUUACAAGGAUCACUGGUAAAUCAUGGCAGAGAAGCUCUAUGAUUCCAGGUAUAGAAUUCUGAGUUUUCUUUGUACACUACAGAUUAGCUUUCCAAUUGUAAAUACCAAAUUGUAAAUUGAUAUACUUUCAACUUCUUUUGACAAUGUAACUUGGGACAGGUCCUUUGGACAUAGGUACAUAAUACUUGAGUAGCUAGCUCUAUAGUAUCUUAACCCUAUAAACUUGUGGUUCAUUAUGACUAAUGAAAUGUAGCAUUGGUCCAUUAACGUCACUUUUCUCAAACCACUCCUAUUUUGUACAAAAUUACCAAGGAUAUGACUUUAUUUUUCUAGGAUAGAAAUUAUAUUAUUAUGAACACAUAGAUACAUACAUAUACAUAUAUACAUGUGUUUGUUUCCUAGGCUGAGGUAGUUCAUUUAAUAAUAGCUUUAUCCAAAACAGGAAAGGGAAUGGAAGAUGAAGACAGGUAAACAAAAAAAAUUUUUAAAUGCCAUCUAAACAAUGUUAAUUUCUAU